AUGGCACAACACUGGUAUAGUCGACUACCCCCUAACUGUAUAUCCUCGUUUGGAGAUUUGAGCCGAGCUUUCAUAGGCCAGUUUAUUGGGAGCAAGACCCACGCUAAGAGUUCAGCCUCGUUGAUAAACCUUCAUCAAGGCAGGAACGAAUCCCUCAGAGACUAUAUGAAUAGGUUCACCAAGGAGGCGCUCAAGGUCCCGGAUUUAGACCAGAAAGUAGCCAUGAUUGCCCUACAGCAAGGAACCAGGGAUGAUAAUUUCCGCCGAUCACUAGCCAAGAGGGCCCCUGAAAAUAUGAAUGAGCUCCAGGAGAGGGCCAGGAAGUAUAUCAAGGCUGAGGAAAGCCUGAAGAAAUCUCAGAAUAACCAGGGACCGACCCCGAACCCAAAGAAACGUGGAAACGACACCGAGUACAACGCGGAUAGUAAGUAUUUAAAGACAGGGGAUGGUGAUAAGUCCCCAACCAAAAAGAAAACAGGACCGAGGUUCACUGACUAUGCAAGGCUGAAUGCCCCUAGGAGUCAGAUCCUGAUGGAAAUUGAGAAAGAUGAAAGUGUUCGAUGGCCGAAGCCUAUCAGGACUGACCCCGAAAAGAGAAACAAGGACUUAUACAGCAGGUUUCAUAAGGAUACAGGACAUAAGACCGAUGAUUGUCGGCAGUUGAAGGAUGAGAUCGAGUUUUUGAUCCGAAAAGGCAAGUUGUCCAGGUAUACUAGGGAUACGGACAAGAAUCCCCGUGACAAUGACAACCGUGGAAAAGACAACGAUGAUAGGAAUAAGAGAAACCAGCCUAGAGGGCCUGUGAUCAAUGUAAUCUCUGGAGGACCGACCGCAGCAGGCCUAUCUAGUAACUCACGAAAAGCUUAUGCUCGUGAAGUGAUGUACAUUGUUGGAGAGCCCCCGAAGAGAGCAAAAAUUGAGUUUGCUCUAGCAUUCGACAAUUUAGAUCUUGACAGAGUUAAAUUUCCCCAUGAUGAUCCUUUGGUAAUCACCCCGGUGAUUGGAAACUCUUCUGUAAAAAGGGUACUCGUUGAUAGUGGAGCCUCAGUAGAUAUCUUAUUUCAUGGUGCAUAUGAGAAGAUGGGAUAUUCUGAUUCACAAUUGACACCUUCAGAUAUGCCUAUAUACGGCUUUAAUAACGUGGAGACAAAGAUUGAAGUUAUGAUCUAA